AUGGGCGGAUACGUUUCCACUACCUUGCUGCUGGAGAUCUUCCCUUCGGGUGCCGCGCACAUGACGGCUGUUUUGCUGCCUUUUCACCUGGCAAAGACCUCUGGCGACAUAACGGCUGAAGUGCUGGACAUCUUCCGAUGGAUCAUAAUCAUUGGGUACCUUUGCAUCUACAAGGUUUGGCGCACGUGCGAGGACUACGUGCGGGACGGCUACUCUGGGCUGCGGUAUGUACUGUCGACUGCUGGCAUCGUAGACGCAGCCGCCAUCGCAAAUUUCAUAGCACUCCAGUACUGGCGCCUAAGCAAGGUGAAGCCGGUUGAGCCAAUGAGCUCUAGCAACAGUCAGAACUUCGUGUCCUACAGCCGCUGGGCAUCAUGGGAGGAGAUGGCAGCAAUAGGCGAGGCUGUGCUGGUCUUCAUUCUGAUCGUCAGGUACACAAUGCUGCUUCGCUUCUACCCUCCUGUGUAUCGCUUCUUCGUGCUCUUUGGCAAGUCCUUCCGGGUGGGCUUGUACUACUUGGCCAUCUUCUUGCCAGUGGCAGCGUCCACCAUUUUCUUUGCCAACUGCUUGUACGGCCCGUAUGUAGAAGCUUACAGCACCUGGGUGAAGUCCUUGAUGAGCUUUGUGUCUGUCCUGCAAAACGUGGUGGACAUUGAUGCCCUUUACAAAGCAGCGCCGGCUUGGACGCUCUUCUACGUGACCUACUGCUACUUGAUACUCUUUUGCUUCUUCGUCAAUGGCUUCCUGGCCAUCACAGCCUACGCGUGCGCCAUCCACGGCUUCCUGACAGCUCGCGCUCAGGGAAGCGGCCCCUUGCGCAUGGUGUGGUUCUAG